GACCUGGUAAGCGUUAAGAUGUGUUUCGACUCCCAAAACAGGUUCGAAAUAAUCGUCUCAGUCAAAACAAGACCAGUACAGAUAGAUGACUCUUGAUCAGUUCAAAGCAUGUGGAUCAAAAAGCAAGCAAUCCGAAACUAUUGAUAAUAAUGACCAAGUAUUGGUUACAUAAAAUCGGUCAAAAUUGAACAGAUAUUUGUUUAAAAUCAUAUGCGCGAUACUUGCAUAUUUAUGGCACUGCUGAUGUUGGAAGACGGUUCAGUUCCGUUUCGGCAGCUAGCCGAGCAAGUGCCAGUGUUUUAAAGAUUUUGACAAACUAUCGGAUAGGAUGGGAAGCUUCUGGAGAAGUAUGUUAGAAGUGGUGGCGGUGCUCCUUCUGGUUGUCAGCACAACAGGUGAAAAGGUUUUUAGCUGUAACAACGAUGAUUGCAAAUUUGAGUUGGAUGAACGGAGUUUGAAAGAGGACAUACACUCGUACAAGUUUAAUCUCACUGACGAAAGCGCUACCAUUGACGUAAGUUUCGAUGGAUCGCGUCUAUCGAUUGUUCCACCGUCCCUGAUCGCUGACUACGGACAUAAAUUGAAAAUGUUGAAUAUGUACAGGGCAGAUGUACAACGCGUCGAACCCGACACUUUCGGUGAAGUAUCCGUGCUACGAAUAUUACUGAUGCACGAGAAUCGUAUUUCGAAGCUGCAUAACUACAUGUUCCGUAAUGCCACCAAUCUUGAGUACAUCUACUUCGGAAACAACCGCAUCGAUGUGGUGGAAGAGUUUACGUUUGCAGGGUUGGAAAAUUUGAAGGUGCUUCGAAUGGGAAACAACAAAAUAGAAUUGCUGCCACAGAAGUUGUUUGCCGGUUUGAGCCAAAUGACGGAUCUGCACCUUUUUCAAAAUCGUAUCGUGAAGUUGCCGGAUAGACUGUUUGAGGAUCUAUCAAUGCUAGAUGAACUGUAUAUGGGAUUUAACUACAUAGAGAAGAUUCAAAAAGAUAGCUUUGUGGGGAUGCCAAAGCUAAGUAAGCUGAGACUGCACAAUAACCGCAUUAGUUCAAUUCACCCGGAUGCUUUCAAACCGUUGAUCGAGUUGAAUUUUCUUGACUUGGAAGCAAAUAAGCUAACUAACCUUGCACCAGAAACGUUGCUGUCCCAGGCGGAGUUGCUUAUUGUGGAUUUGAGCAGCAACCGCUUGAAAGAGCUUCCGAAAGAUCUGUUCCGACAUGCUGUAGUGUUGCAGACACUGAUGCUGAACAAUAAUUCUCUUACCCAAUUGCAUCCCGAUCUGUUUGAGAGUGUGGAGAUGUUAUCAGAACUGCAUAUCGCGAACAACCAGCUACAAUCCCUGGAAGCGGAAUUAUUUAGAAAUCUUAAACAAUUGGAGUUUUUGUUGUUAGAAAACAACCAGAUAAGUCACAUUUUCCCAGGAACUUUCGAUCCUUUGAAAGGGCUCGAACAGUUAAAUUUGAAUAACAACGGGCUCAUGAUGAUUGAAGGAGGUCUGUUCCGGGAUUUGAGAUUUUUGAAAAAGCUGUACCUGAACAAUAAUCUUAUCAGCGUGCUAAGCAGCGAAUGUUUGGAUGGUGCUAAUCAACUUCAAGAAAUCCAUCUAGAUAAUAAUCCGGUUCGAACGCUCGACGAAGCAUUUCUACAGACCCCUCAAUUGACACUGUUGACGAUGGAUAAGUGUGGGCUGAAGACCUUACCAAAAAAUCUGUUUGCUAAUCAAAAGUUUAUGCGUUUACUUUCCCUGGAGGGCAAUAAACUGUCCGAGCUAGAUCCGGAAACGUUCCGGCCACUUGAGCGACUAGUUGAGUUGGAUCUCAGCGCGAAUCGGUUGCAAAAUAUUUCGACCAGCUUAGCAAAUUUUCCCCAGCUUGACGUACUGGAUCUAUCGGGCAAUCGUCUCCGCAGCCUAUCGGACAAUGCAUUCGCGAAUACGAAACAACUGAAAAAGAUUAACCUCGAAAACAACAAACUGACAGAAAUUCCACGUGCAGUAACUAGACUUCCAAAGCUGAAAGCGAUGACCCUCGAGAAAAACAGAAUUAAAUCUACUGCUGUAACGCAAAACAUGCAACUAAAAGAACUUUACCUGGCCGACAAUAAAAUAAGUUCUCUUCAGUUAGAAAAAUUCCCCAAGCUGGAGGAGCUAUUUGUGGAAAAUAACCUACUCCACAGCUUGUCGAAAUCUACGUUUGCCAAAAAUACUAAGCUGAAGAAGUUAAAUUUAUCUGGAAACCGUCUUUCCGGUCCAUUGGAGCGUGUUUUCACCCCUCUUAGAAAGCUGGAAACACUUACUUUAAGUGACAAUGCGUUGGGGUUAUUAACACCUGCAACGUUCCAAGGGCUAGUAAGUCUGGAAGAUUUAAAGCUAAAGAAUAUCAGUCUCCCUAGACUCAGUAAUUUAUCGUUUGCUUCUCUUUCGCUUCUGGAAAAGUUGGAUCUAUCGGAGAACCGGCUGGCCAACGUUGAUGCGCCGGCUCUACGUAAUAAUGGAAUGCUCAAAAAAAUCUACCUCAAUGAUAACCUUGUAAGCAUCGAUGACUUGAGCGGCUUGGUGGGACUGAAACGUUUAGAAUCGAUGUCACUUUCGUAUGAAAACGUGAUCGUACCAAAAGCGUUGCUGAAAAACAAACCGAAUCUUGAAGAGCUUUUCAUACAGGGAAGUAUGUUCAAGAGUCUACCGGUUCACUUCUUCCGUUCAGCGCGAUCGCUCAAAAAGCUAUCAAUCUCCGACAAUAAGCAGUUUGUGAAGCUUCCAAAAGAUUUCUUCGCGGAUGUGCCGUAUCUGAUUGAGCUGGUUUUGCUGAAAAAUAGUCUAUCUACUCUCGAGACGGGAGUAUUCGAUCCCUUGGGAUUACUAGAGAAGUUGGAUGUGUCGGAAAAUCCGAUCAGGUUGCUACCAGAAGGUUUGUUCGCAAAGACGUACAGUUUGAAAAGCUUGAGACUAGCUGAUGCAAAUCUAUCCACCGUGCCCGUUGGAAUGUUCGAUAACCUGUACGCACUGAACGAGCUUGAUCUGAGCAACAAUCAGCUGAAAACGCUUCCGAACGGUGUUUUCCGUCGUCUCUACUCACUGGAAAUCAUUUCGCUGGAUAACAAUCUAUUCGAGCAGGUGGAACCGGCUCUAUUUGAUGGUAUGGAGAAGCUGAAAAGAGUACAUCUGGCUGGAAACAAGCUGAGCACCUUGGAUCCUCAGCUGUUUGCCGGACUACCGCUAGAAGGACUUGAUCUUUCGAAAAACAAAUUCACCUCUUUCGACGAGAGUGUGAUGGCGUUUGCCGAUCAGCUGCUUAUUCUGGGACUAGAAAGAAAUGCUCUUACAUCGCUGAAGGUAUCGUCUACGCUUGAGAAGCUGUACAUCGAUGGCAACCAAUUGUCUACGAUCGAGGUGCAACUGACGGAGUCGGCAGCAUUCAGCACACUCACGACCAUUUCGGCUGUAGGCAAUAAUUUCAGCAGCCUCGAAACAUUCUACAAGCUCAAAAUGCUAUCCGAACUGGACGUGUCCUACAACAGGUUUGCCGAGUUGGAGCUAGGCAAACUGUGUAACGAAAUAGUACCCCUAUAUAUGUUGAAUGUAUCGAACAGCUUCGUGCAGCGUAUCAAGACCGAUGGCAUUGAAUCACCGACGUCCCUAAUGCAUCUAGAUAUCUCAAACAACAACCUUACGACACUGGACGUAGGUAACUUCGCAGUGUUCCAGAAUCUGGAGAACUUUGUGUUAGGAGGCAACAAGUUCGAUUCAUUUUCGGUGUCCGAUCUGAUAAGGACGUUCAAGUAUCUGAAAACAAUCGGCCUGGAAGGUACGACCUGGAAGUGUGGUUUUUUGAACAGUUUGAAGAAGUCAGUACAGAAGGUUCAUGUUGAGUUUUGGUACAAAUCACGGGAUGAAAAAUACGAUAGUGCUGCUGAUGUGUGUUCGAAGGAGGUCGACGGUAUUUGCUGCGAAUAA